AUGCAAAGUUGGCAAGAUAUCUACACCAGCAGCAUCAAUGGACGGCCUGGCUUCGUCAAAUCGGAUAUGCUCGACACCGGGGACAAGUACGAGGGCUUGGCUUCUGAGAGAGACAUCGACAAGCACCGAGCUGCCCGCAAGCAGUUGGCUCCUGCAUUCAGUCCCCGGUCUUUGAAGCAGUAUGAACCCAUCAUUCAUGCCGACGUGGAUGAGUUUGUCGAAGUGCUCAAGAACUCAUCUGCGACUGAAGCGGGUGUUGAUAUUGCUCCAUGGUUUGAGAGAGCCACAUGUGAUCUUGGUGGCUCGAUCACGCUCGGCCACAAUUUCAAAAACAUUCAAUCUGAGUCACUGCUGCGCAUCGGUCACUGGGCCACAUUCCGCAACGUGAUGCGUCGCUUUCCUCUGCUUUACCCACUCUCAUACGUCUUUCUGCCGCCAAAAGUUGCGUUUAGCUACUUCAGAGCUCACUCAACGAGUAAGAAGCUCAUUCGAACCCGUGUUGAGGAGCGUCACGACCGCAAGGACCUGGACUACAUGACACAGUUCCUGAAGAAUGAAGAGGCGCUCCCACCAGACGGUUUCCUGGUGUCUCAAGCCGGCCAUCUGAUUCUCGAUCAUUACGAAUCUUCGAGUGUUUUGACAGCUGGUAUAUGUUUCUUGACAACGAACGAUGAGGUCAUGAAAAAGCUACAAAAUGAAUUGAGGACGACUUUCAAGUCCUAUGAAGAUAUCACAGAGGAUAGGCUUCAGGAUCUGCCUUGGCUGAAUGCGACUAUUGAGGAAGUCAUUCGACUUCACACCAAUGUUCCCUACGGACUUCCAAGAAUCAGUCCUGGUCAUACCGUUGAUGGGAAUUACGUGGCGAAAGGCAGCCAGGUCGUCGUUUCCUCCUGCGCAUAUGCUACAACUCAUUCAGAGGAAUACUUCAGCAAGCCGUAUGUGUUCAAGCCUCAGAGAUGGCUUCCUAAAGACCACGCAGAGUAUGACCAUAUCUUUGAUGGUGACGACCGAGCUGCUUUCAGGCCCUUCAGUGCAGGAUCUCGCAACUGUCUUGGCCAGGCUAUGGCUUAUUUGGUUCUUCGCAUCAUGUUUGCAAAGCUUUGCUGGAAAUUCCAAUGGGAACUCUUGAACAAGAAUGAGAUGGACUGGGAUCGGGAUUUGCGACUUUACAUAGUGUGGCAAAAGCCAAAGGUCCACGUUCGCAUCACUCCAUUCGAAAGAAAGGUGUAA